CUAGCCUUUUCGAAUAGGCUUCAAAGACUUCAGCAACACCAGAGACAACAGAUAUAAGUUGCGAUGGAAGAGGAACGUCGGAUUUGGUGUCUGUCCCCCAUUUCCAAUUAUAGAUGGAUCAUUACAGACAGAGAAGUACUGAGAAUCCAGACAUCUGCUCUUCACAUGAAUGCACUCACCUCCUAGAGAACAGGCUGCCAUCAUGCUCUGGAAACUGGUCGAAAAUGUCAAGUAUGAAGAUAUCUACGAGGACCGGCACGAUGGAGUCCCCAGCCACAGCUCCAGGCUGUCCCAGCUGGGAUCUGUCUCCCAGGGACCCUACUCCAGCGCCCCUCCGCUGUCUCACACCCCGUCCUCGGAUUUCCAGCCGCCUUACUUCCCACCCCCCUACCAGCCUCUUCCUUACCACCAAAGCCAGGACCCUUACUCCCAUGUCAAUGACCCUUACUCCCUAAACCCUUUGCAUCAACCCCAGCAGCACCCUUGGGGACAAAGGCAGAGGCAAGAGGUGGGAUCAGAAGCCGGCUCACUGCUGCCACAGCCUCGGGCAGCCCUGCCUCAGCUCUCGGGACUGGACCCCAGGCGGGACUACCACUCAGUGCGGCGGCCAGACGUGCUCCUCCACUCGGCUCACCAUGGCCUGGACUCCGGCAUGGGGGACAGCCUCUCCCUGCAUGGCAUCGGACACCCCGGCAUGGAAGAAGUGCAGUCAGUUGAAGAUGCCAAUAACAGCGGUAUGAAUCUAUUGGACCAGUCUGUCAUUAAAAAAGAUUUCCCUACAAAGCCAAACCAAACCACCUGCAACCAAACUUGGACUGUUAUGAUGGGCAUGGACCUUCGCAUCAAACGAAGGGUUCCGGUUCCUCCAAAAUCUGUCACUUCUUUGAUGAUGAAUAAAGAUGGCUUCCUGGGUGGCAUUUCAGUCAAUACUGGAGAGGUGUUUUGCUCAGUACCUGGCCGCUUGUCCUUGCUCAGUUCAACUUCAAAGUAUAAAGUAACAGUGGGAGAAGUUCAAAGACGCCUCUCUCCUCCAGAAUGUCUGAAUGCUUCCCUGCUAGGAGGAGUGCUUAGAAGAGCCAAAUCGAAAAACGGGGGGAGAUCGUUGAGAGAAAGGCUAGAAAAAAUCGGUUUGAAUUUACCAGCCGGCAGGCGCAAGGCGGCGAAUGUCACUUUACUCACGUCCCUGGUGGAAGGUGAAGCGGUUCAUUUAGCUCGGGACUUCGGGUACAUCUGCGAAACGGAGUUCCCGGCCAAAGCGGUGUCUGAGUACCUGAACAGACAGCACACGGACCCCAGCGAUCUCCACUCCAGGAAAAACAUGCUGCUUGCUACGAAGCAACUUUGUAAAGAAUUUACAGAUCUCUUGGCCCAGGACAGGACGCCCAUUGGUAACAGCAGGCCCACCCCUAUUUUGGAACCAGGCAUUCAGAGCUGCUUGACUCACUUCAGCCUCAUCACCCAUGGCUUUGGGGCUCCAGCCAUCUGCGCUGCCCUCACAGCCCUCCAAAACUACCUGACUGAAGCUCUCAAAGGCAUGGACAAGAUGUUCUUGAACAACAACACUGCUAACAGGCACACAUCUGGGGAAGGACCAGGUAGUAAAACUGGAGACAAGGAAGAGAAACACAGAAAAUGAGGAAAAAAAUAAAAAUAAAAAUAAAAGUAAAAUAAAGAGGAAAAAAAAAAGAAAGAGAAAAUUAAAUGCAUAAAAAAGAAAACAAAAGAGAGAGAAUCUUUUCAAACAAACAAACCCGUUUUAAUUUUAAGCUUUAAAAGAUUGGAUUGGGAUUUGGAAGAAAAUAUAUUAGGUAGGACAAUAAUAAUGCUAAUAAUAGUAGAGACGAUCAUUUAAGAUCAGAGGCGCACAAUGGAGCAAGAACAAUGGCUCAAUGUCUCUUGCAAGGAACAUUUGAAGACAACCGCCAGGAUUUUUCCACUUCUGUUUUCUCUCGGUUCUUUUUAACCAUUGGUGGGGUGGGGGGUGGGGUCUGUCAUGAUAAUAAAAGCAAGAGAUGAAUAACUGAUUGGAAGAUAUCCGAGAAACCUUUUGAAUUUUUUAAAAAAAAUUUUUGGUGUCAGUGCUUUGAUUUUUUUUUUUUUUUGCUUUGAAUGAGAUGCACGGUCUUUUUUUUUUUUUUUAAAUCAAUCAAACAACGGCUUGUGUCUGCAAUAGGACAAAAAAAAUAACCCAGAACAAAACCUUCCAGUGAUGUUAUCUGGGAGUGUCCCCCCAUAAUCCCUUGAUUCCCAGCUCUUCCCCCUUUUUAUCUGGGCGCUCUGGAUCUGUCUAGACUGGGGAAGGAGAUGGGGUGAGAAGCAGAGGCCAGCUAAUGGGAUUGUAAAGGUAUUUACCCGUGUCUACAUUAACGGCAGGGCCUGCAUUAAUUACGUUGCCGUGGGUGUUUCUAAUCGUGUUAGUUCAAUCGAGUUACCGACAACGUUGCAAAAUCCCUGGUCUAGACAGACCCUCUUCUGAGAUGACCAGUUUUUUACAGGCUUCUGCAUAAGUGCGGGUGUGUACAUCUAGGCAUAUGUGCAUAUAUCAUAUAUAAAAAUAUCAAAAUGCUUCCUAUGUCUCUAUGCAUAGGGCCAUGCACGCACCAUUUGGCUCUUAGCUUCGGUGGUACAACUGCAUUGGCUGUAAGGGAGCCGCAUGUCCAAUGUGGGGUGCCAGAUUG